CAAAACUGGUUUGUUCAAUUGGUUUAUUGCGUUACACUAUUGGAAUUUCAGUGACUUUGUGCCAUGGAGGCAGUUUCUCUUUGUAAAAGUUGAAAAGCGAUUGAGCAAGAAACAGGGGGAGCAUAAAGCCUUGUCUGUGAGGCCUAAAAGCAGUGUGUGUGUGUGUGUGUGUUUGUUUGGUGAAUCAUGCAAGUGUAUACUGAUGAAGUGCAAUCCAAGCCAGUCAGACUGAUAGCAGCGACAUGUAAAAACAUGGGCAUCGGAAAGAAUGGCCAGUUACCAUGGAACCUCCCAAAAGAGUUUGCCUUUUUUCUCAAAAUGAUAUCAUCUGUUUCUUCACCAGACCAUAAGAACUUGCUGAUUUGGGGACGGAAGUGCUGGGAGACAUUUCCUGAGAACCUGCUACCACUUGCCAACUGUGUGAAUGCUGUCCUAAGCCGCAAUCUGAGUUCUGUGCCAUGCCAUGCUCAGUACCUCUGCAGAAAUCUGCCAGAUGCCAUAAGGCUGGGAUCAACACUGCCACUCAGUGAGGACAUUGAAAUCAUUUGGAUCAUAGGUGGAGUAGAACCAUACAAGGAGGCCCUGAUGCAUCCUUGGUGUGACUUACUCUACAUCACAAAAAUUAUGGCAAGCUUUGACUGUGAUACCUUCUUCCCUGCUUUUGACCAUGAAGUGUAUAGGAAGGUAGACAAGUUUUCUGGAGUUCCUUCUGAAAUUCAAGAAGAAAAUGGCAUCAAAUUCAAACAUCAAGUUUUCCAGAGGAAACAAAACUAAUUGUCAAGAAUCUGCUUUCUUACUGGCCCAUCUCAGUAUUAUGACCAAUUAGGGUUUAUUACUGUAACAUUUGCUAUUAAAUGUGCUUUUUAUACAAGAUCUGUUGGGUAAUAGUCCAGCCAUAGUUAAUGUAACAAGAACGGUUUGCGUGACAUCGAUGUAACCUGGCAGUCAAGGAGAGUGGACUGGAAUGCGCCUGCGUGAGCAAUGAAGACUUCACUGGACUAGUCAAUGAGGGCGCUAUGCACCGUUGAGUGAGCAUGUAUACUGUGUGGCCGUCGCAUUCAAAAUCACUGAGCAAGUAGAGCAACGAAUCUGCAUUAAGCUUGAACACUCAUCCACAGAAACUAUUGGGAUGAUUCAGAAGGCUUUUGGGGACAAUGCAGCGAGUGACAAAACAUCAAAUCACCCAGGCACCCCUACAGGCCAGAUUUGGCACCCAGUGACUUCUGGCUUUCCCCGAAACUAAAACCAUUUUUGAAAGGGAAAAGAUUUCAGACUGUCAAUGAUAUUCAUGAAAAUACGACUUGGCAACUGAUGGUAAUUUCAACAAAGGAUUUUGCAAAGUGUUUUGAACAGUGGAAGAGACGCUGGGAGAAUUGUGUGAGGUCACAAGGUGCCUACUUUUGUCCUACGUACAAUGUUUGUUGUUUCUUCUAUCUUCUUUAAUAAGUGUAUCUAUUUUUCAUAAUACAUGGCUGGAUAUAGACCUCAUAUAUAUAAACAUAUUAAAUGAAAACAGGUUUACAUAUUCACAUAAAACAUUAAAUUGUAUGCAAGCUACACAAGUUAGAACAAUAUAGUUUUGUGUUAUUCAGAUCUCUUUUUUGUUAACCUCUAGUAUACUUUUUAAAAUUAUUCUGCCUAGUGUUAUCCAAUUACAUUGUAUUACUCUUUUGUUCUUAUUAAUGAAGUUCCAUCUAUUUUGCUAAUAAAUUUUAUUGUUACAUUUUCA